AUGGGCCCUCAAACCCUCUUGUGGUCUCUGUUUACCAUCUUCUUUACGGAAUGCACCGCGUCGGGAGACAACUUCAAGAUACAAAUCCAAUUUGUGAGCGAUUACAUUUCCUUCUAUAACAUCCGCUUUGUGACAGUCCUUGAGCAAGGCCCUUACGUGGAUGAAACUGCCUGCUAUAUGAUCAGGCAAUUAACGAUGGGUCUCAUGUUUAACACAAUGUGCGCGGGAGAGACAGAAAUAGACAAGGACGACUUGGCGACGAAGCUGACGUUUGAGCUAUUGUGGCAUCAACGCAUCUACGUCAACGUCGUAAAUGUGAAGGCGACACGAAACGCCACUAAAGAAGGUCAACAGCUGCUCGGAGACUCCGGCUUGGUUGUCAGUCGCCUCUUGACACGCGACGACCUUACUUCUUUCGCAAAGAUUGUGACGAUCGCAACCUUCUCCCCGCAAAAGACGUCGGCCUCGUUGUGGGAGACGUACCAAAUCUCCAAAGAGUUCCCCAAGAGGACCUUCAUCGUGGGCGACUGGGUUGGGAGGGAGCGCCUCGAGAUUGGCGGUGCCCUUGGCCCCGAGGAGGAGACAGACGCCCUUCUGUUCCAGGGCCGACUCGAAUCCCAGGGGAGCUCGGGGCGAGGUCCUUGGCGCAGGAACAGGGAGAUAAGGGCGAAGGUUUUACGACAUGGGGUCAUGAGAGCUUCCACAGACGAUCCACUGCGCUUUCGAGACGAUCUCACCGGCCUGCACCUUCGCUGCGCUACUUUGCAGUACCGACCUCUGACCUCACUCAUACCCCGCGCCGACAAGACCGUCGCCGUUGAGGGCAUCUUGGGUUCCUUCUUCCGCGAGAUGGCCGCCCUCACCAACUUCACGUACACGUGCCGGCCGUCGCGGGAUGGCCAAUGGGGCGCCGUCGUGAACAACGAGUGGACGGGCAUCAUUCGGGAUAUCUUAGAUGACGUAGCUGACAUCGGUGUCGCUGCGAUAGACGUCUCUCUGAAGCGGAGCGAAGCAGUCAGUUACCUCCAGGGUAUCGUCUCCGGAGGUUAUAGGAUCUACAUGAAAAAGCCGACCAACGACGACUACAUGUGGUCUGUGUACACGAAGCAGUUCAGCAAGGCGUCGUGGAUGGUCCUGAUGGCGACCUCCGCUGUGCUCACCAUCCUGCUCUUCUGGAUAACUCAGCGAUCGCCUGCUCAGCCCUCCCUGUCGCUCGCUGACUCCAGCUUCCUUGUUCUUGGAUUUAUUCUCGGUCAAGGCACUCGGGCGUCCCUGACCAGUGGGUCCUGCCGAGUAGCCGCGCUCAUGGGCCUGGCGCUGCAGGUGCUGCUGCUCACCUACUACACGAGUGACUUGGUGUCCAGUCUGGCCGCCGGACCGCCGCCGCCCACACUCUCCACCCUCUACGACGUCUAUAACAACGGUCGCCUUAAACUUGGCUUCACGAAGGGCAUCGCGCUCCAGUUGUAUUUCAGCGAAUCGACGGACCCAACAGUGCGGAAGCUGUGGCAGGCCAUCAAAGACGACAACUACAAUGCCCUCGCGAACUCCAUGGAGGAAGGAAUGCAACGAGUUCUAAGGAAGCCCUACCUGUACAUGGACUGGGGAAUCCCCUUGCGAUACGACUACGGCCACGACUGCCGCCUCUACAUGCUGCCCACGUCCUACUUCCAUGUGCAGACCUCCUUCACUCUCAAGAAGAAUUCGCCGCUCGUCCCCGUCUUGAAUAAAGUGGUGCUCGACAUCUUAUCCUCGGGACUGUUGGAGAAGUGGUGGCGCGACUGGACCACGAAAUCCGGCAACUGCGGGCCCCUUCAGAACGAACCCGUGGGAGUUAAAACCGUGUUCGGGCCCUUCUUCGUGUUCUCCGCGGCUCUCGUGGGGUCCCUGUGUGUCCUAGCCUGCGAAGUUUGGCUGUUUAGGAAAUAUCCCAAACUGAAUUUAACAGCUGAACAGAUAUACGGAAGUGCUAAACGUGCUUCGUGA